UCGCGAGAAGUAAAGCAGGAGAAACGGCCAAUGUUUUGAAGCGAACAACCUGCCGUUAGCUAACACAGCAGUCGCAGGAAGGGUGCUAGCUAACAUCAGCGCAUUUAUAGUUGUCAAGUUACAGCUGUGCAGAGAUAGACAGCAUAACUCGGUUACUUAGGCUGUCAGCAAUACUGUUUUAUUUUUUGUGGCCUAGUAGCCACGUUUAUUUCACUGAAACGGUUGUGAAAAUCAGUCGCCGCAUUGAUGCGCAAAUGAAACCAAAGCUUUAGCUGUAAUGACAGCACUAAGAGAACUCACAGGAUAUCGCCUUUCUAAGUGAAAGAGAAACUGUCAAUAAGAGAGCACCAUGCAACGAACAUGAUCAGCGCCGAUGGCCUCACAAAAUGCGAGGCGACCCUGCGAGACAGAAGCCGGAGGCGGCCCCCUGGAGAGAUGCUCCAUCUACUCUCAGCCGUCAUCGUUUGGCUGGUGACCGGCACCACCAUCUCCAGCCUCAACAAAUGGAUUUUUGCAGUUUACAACUUCCGGUACCCUCUGCUGCUGUCAGCGCUGCACAUGCUGACAGCCAUAGUGGUGGACUACGGGCUGAUCAAACUACGGUUGAUCCGACAUAGAGGGACAGCAGAGCAGGAGCUAACCCCAAGCGCGAAGUGUAAAGUGUUUCUGUUGAGUCUGACUUUCUGUGCCAGUAUCGCCUUUGGAAACAUUGGACUAAACUAUGUACAGCUCUCAUUUGCACAAAUGAUCUACACCACCACCCCACUCUUUACUCUGGCCAUCUCUUCUCUGAUCCUGGGUAAGCAGCAUCACAUGAUCAAAUACACGGCAAUGAUGCCCAUCUGCCUGGGAGCGUCCUUCAGCAUUAUGGGAGAGGUCCAGUUCGAUCAGACCGGCUGCUUCUUUGUGUUUGCAGCAACCAUGUUGAGGGGCGUCAAGUCCAUUCAGCAGAGUAUUUUGCUCCAGGAGGAGAAGAUCAACUCUGUGUUCCUGCUCUACUUGAUGUCCAUUCCAAGCUUCUGCAUCCUGGCCGUUGCCGCUCUGGCCUUAGAAAACUGGGCCAUGCUGGAGUCGCCGCUGCACUACGACCGUCACCUGUGGGUCUUCAUCCUGCUCAGCUGUCUGGGAUCGGUCAUGUACAACCUGUCCAGCUGCUGCGUCAUCACGCUCACCUCGGCAGUCACCCUGCACAUCCUGGGUAACCUGAACAUCGUGGGCAACCUUCUCCUGUCUCAGCUGCUGUUUGGCAGCGAGCUGUCCGCGCUCAGCUGCGCCGGAGCGGUGCUGACGCUGUCCGGCAUGCUCAUUUAUCAGAACUCUGAGUUCAUCGUCAGCUACAUGGACGCUCGCAGCGCUAAGCCCACAGAGGCAGAGGAUGGAGUUGAGAAAGCAAACCACACACAGAGAAUGGAUGGAAAAGAAGAAGACAAAACAGACUGAACUGAAAGCAUUAAGAGUAUAAAGUGAAAAAAAGUACAGGAUCUGCUGUAUUUUGUUCUAUUUUAGUGGUUCCAGUCUCAGAUGGAGUAGCAGCUCAUUUUCACCCCCUUGUGCCAACUCCUGCGUAUUUUGUGGCAAAAAUCUGAGUCUGCACAAAAAAACAAAUAUUAUCAUUCUUCAUGGAAAAGGUUCAAAUGUAUUCCCUAUCUGUAAAAAGCACUCCUAACUUGCCUGUUACACUAAAUGCAUGCAUGAGCACACUGAACUGUUUGAUACCUCUGAAGUUACUGACUGUCCCUCGCACUACUCCACUGUGGAAAAAAAACAAAAAACGUUCCAGCUCCAGAAGGCUGUAAUCAGCGUCUCUCGGUGGCGGUUGUCCUUCUGCAGUGAUGUUCAGGUUACCAGGGACUUUUAAAAUAAUGCUCCAAACCUGAUUAAGCUCAGCUUGUAUUAGGAAGCUAUAUUUAUGGUACUAUUACGCGACUCCUACCUUGUUGCACUGUGGACAGGGACUGAGAUUUUAAUGGCAGCUUUUUUUUUCUUAUGUGAAACAAGAAACGGAUGUUGUUGAGCUUAAAAAUGUCUCUUCUCUACUGAAGCACAUAUUUAAUAAGAGGCCUGAUCUGUGUUUUUGUUCUCCACUAUGAACCUUUCUGUGACUCCGCAAUUGAAAGGCCUACUUUCUGUUCUGAAGUAGUCUCUGUAGAGUUUAUUCAAUUACUUCUAUCUUUUCCAGGAGCACGUUGUCUUCCUCGCAGCAUACUUUGAUAAUUAGUGUCACAGGUUCUCUAAGGAGCGGCGCUCAUCUUUAGCUCUCUUUUCCCCCUGUGGAAAAGAUAGAGAAAAAAAGUUUACCAUUUCUUUUGAACCCUGUUCUUUUUAUUUUUAGAGUUUUAAAUAAUUUAGGUAUCUAUACCCAAAAAAAUAUGGAUUUCUUUAUUGUGAGAAUGUUGGCAAAAAUUGUCUGUAAAUGCUCUCGGCUUUGUUCAAGUCAGACAUUUCUCUUUCAGCUUUCCUUUUGGAACAAAAUAUUCAGACUGCAUGAAGCUGUUCCUUUUACUAUCCCAAAUAACCCACCCUCAAUUCAGCAUGUUUUUUAUGACAAAUAUUUACUUUUUGUAGUUUGCACCUAAUGUUUGUUGCACAGAGUUUGAGAUCUUACAGAUAAUUCCUGUAUGAACAUUUUCCAUUAUAGUUUUUUUCAUGUUUUGCCUGGAAAAAA